AUGAAGAACGGGAAAGCACCUGGCCCAGACGAACUACCCAUUGAAAUGAUAAAACUGCUUAAGGAACAUAGCUUGGAUGCACUUGCUGAGCUCUUCAAUGCGAUCUACAGAUCAGGAACGAUACCAAAAGACUGGUUUGGUAUACCAAAAAAAAAGCGAUACACAGUUCGGGUUCCGCAAUGGAGUUGGCACGAGCAUUAUUUAAGUAUAAACGUGUUGACUCAGCGCUGUUUGGAUGUUAACAAGGAUGUGUACGCCUGCUUUGUGGACUACGAGAAAGCAUUUGACAGAGUCCGUCAUGAACAACUUAUCAAAAUUCUGAGAGAAAAGCAAUUAGUAACACAGAUGCCAGAAUUAUUGUAA